GAGGGACCACAGAAGGCAGGCAGACUGUCUCAGGGCAUGACGGAGGGAUGCCUCUGUGGCUGCUAGUGCUGGUGCUGCUGGUUUGUGGAGGGCCCCUGGCUCAGGUUCUGGGCUACGAGCUGGAGCUUCAGGAGUCCGUGACCGUCCAGGAGGGCUUGUGUGUCCACGUGCACUGCAAAUUUUCUUCCUGGUUUACCUUUGGAUUCUCUUCCAUGUCUUGGUUCCAGAAAGGGGCAAAUGUUUACCAUGAUCCUCCAGUGGCCACAAACAAACCAGGCCAGAAACUGCAUGAGAGGACCCAGGGCCGGUUUUUCCUCCUUGGGGACUUCCACAACAAGGACUGCUCCCUGUACAUCACAGAUGUCAACCCGGGGGACAGUGGGACCUACUUCUUUCAAGUCGCAACAUACUCAUAUCAAGAUAAGAUGCUCUCUCUGAAUGUGACAGCCCUGACCCACACACCUCACAUCCUUAUCCUGGGGACCUUGGAGUCCGGCCGCCCUAGGAACGUGAACUGCUCUGUGCCCUGGGCCUGUGAGCGGGGCACGCCCCCCAUCUUCUCCUGGAUGUCAGCCGCCCUCACCUCCCUGGGCCCCAGGACCCACCUCUCCUCCGUGCUCACCCUCACCCCACGGCCCCAGGACCAUGGCACCAACCUCACCUGUCAGGUGCUGUUCCCUGCAGCUGCUGUGAUGGUGGAAAGGACCAUCCAGCUCAAUGUCACCUACGCCCCACAGAACACAGCUGUCCGGAUUGUCCAAGGAAACAGAACAGCCCUGGAGACUCUGCAAAACACCUCAUCUCUUGUCAUCGGGGAGGGCCAGGCUCUGCGGCUGCUCUGUGCUGCUGCUAGCAAUCCCCCUGCCCAGCUGAGCUGGUUCCGGGGGUCCCCCGCCCUGAGUGCCACCCCAGUCAGCAUAACCCACACCCUGGAGCUGCCCCAAGUCCGGGCUGAGGAGGAAGGAGUCCUCACCUGCCAAGCUCAGAACUCGCUGGGCUCGCAGCACGUCUCCCUGCAUCUCUCUGUGGUCUACCCGCCUCGGCUGCUCAGCCCCUCCUGCUCCUGGGAGGGCGAGGGGCUGCGCUGCACCUGCUCCUCCCGAGCCCGGCCGGCCCCCACCCUGCGCUGGCGGCUGGGGGAGGGGCUGCUGGAGGGGAACCACAGCAAUGCCUCCGUGACCGUCACCUCCAGCUCCGCGGGGCCCUGGGCCAACAGCUCCUUGAGCCUCAAGGGGCCGCUGGGCUCCAACCUCAGACUCAGCUGCGAGGCCCGGAAUGAGCACGGGGCCCAGAGCGCCAUCCUGGUAUUAAGCCCAGGUAAACCAGAACCCAGGGCCGGUAGGGUCCUGGGAGCAGUGGGGGGAGCUGGCUUCGUGAUGCUGCUCCUUUCUCUCUGCCUUUAUCUCAUCUUCAGGGUGAAGACCCUCAGGAGGAGAGCAGCCCAGCCAGUGCAAAGCAUGGAUUUGAAUCCGGCCGGUGACGCAGGCUCUGGGGCGCAUCAGCACCGGGUCCGGACAGAAGUGCCCGCAGACCCCCCGGCUCCUGCUGGGGCUAGCCCCGUUUUAAGAGAGGAACAGGAGCUCCACUAUGCUUCCCUCCAGUUUUCCAAGAGGAAGCCUCAGACACAAGAAGACACCAACACCGAGUACUCGGAGAUUAAGACACACAAGUGAUUUUCUCAUAGUUCUGGAGCCUGCAAGUCUGAGACCAACAUGUCAGCAGAGGCCUCUCCCCUUGGCUUGUAGGUGGCCGUCUUCCCACUGUGAACUUACCCGGUCUUCCCUCUGUGUGUCUGUGUCUCAAUUUCUUCUUUUUUUAAUUUUUAAAAACAUUUUUAACAUUUAUUUACUU